AUGAUAUUCCAAUUGUUGUUUCUACUUAUUCUAAAAUCUGCAAUUAUAGCAGCAGCUCAAACGAUUUCCUCAGUGAAAUAUUCUUAUACGGAUAAUUUACAAAUUACAGAUACUACGAUAUCAAGCAGCGGUAUUUAUUCAAUUAUUAAUGCAAAAUCUGUUACGUUGAGUGGUAGUAUUUCAAAUCAAGGACAAUUGUUAAUUGGCUCUUUUGGUUCAUCAGCGGCUACUGUUUCCGUAUCUGCUUCAAGUUCAGUUAGUAAAUUUCAAAAUGAUGGUGAUUUUUUAGUAGAUACUAGAAAUUCAAAUAAUAAUUCUCCAAAUUUACAAUUUACUACAUCCAAUUUUGUUAAUACUGGUAGAUUCUCAAUCUUAUCAUCAAGUCAAAUAACUGGGAAAAUCACAGGUAGUUCAUUUUCCAAUACAGGUAUUAUCACUUUGCAACUGGCACAAUUGGGAUCAUCUGGUGUAGCAAUUGGUAGCACCAAUGGAGGUACAACAAAUAACAAUGGGCAGAUUUGUUUAAUAAAUUCAGCUGGUGAUCAAGGCUCUUCAAGUUACUCAGGUAAUGGUUGUGUUUCAAUAUCAAAUGGUGUUUUUUACCUAAGAUCAAGCUAUGCCUUUCCUCAAACUCAAACAAUAAAUUUAGUAAAUUCUGGGGCUAAUAUAAUUGUUGACUCAUCUCAAUCAAGAACUUAUUAUGUUUCUGGUUUUGGAAAUUCUAAUACAAUUAGCUUAGAUCAACCAAUAUUCUCAGUUCAAUAUUCAUAUGAUACUUUAAGAAUCAAUGGUAAUAAUAACAUAAAUCAAUAUUUUAAAAUUGGGAGGGGCUAUGAUCAAUUUAGGUUCAAAAUUAAUGGAAACUCCGUCAGUUAUCCAAACUCACCACCUUCUGGUUCAUCUCAAGCAAAUUAUUGUCAAGCAUGCCCUAACAGUUUCCCAGACAUUCCAGGUAAAGAUGGACAAAAUUAUUUAACUACGGUUACUUCAACUUUAACAGAUGGCUCAGUAAAGACAAUAAGUGGUUCUGUUAGCAUCUUCACCUCAUCAUAUGGUAAUUAUGUAACUCAAACUUCAAUAAUACCACCAAAGCCAACAACUACUCAAACAAAAUUCUGGACAGGAAGUUCAAUCGUGACCUCAACAUUUACUUCCGCGUCUACAGACCUGGUUAUUAUUCAAGUCCCCCCCAAUCCUACUCUUACUAGCACAGUGUUUUAUACAGGGUCUUCUAUUGUUACAUCUACACAAUCAAAUAGCUUUUUGCAGACCGAUUACGUGAUUGUGCAAUUUCCACCCAAUCCAACUAUCAGUGUUUCACAAUUUUACACUGGCUCAUCUUUGACUACUUUAACACAAAGGAAUUCAUUUGGGAAAACAGACAGCGUUAUUUUUCAAUUCCCAGCAAAUCCAACAACUACUAUUUCAAAAUUUUUUAGUGGAUUAUCUAUAAACACUUUAACUCAAAAAAAUUCACCAUCAGCCACAGAUUCAGUCAUAGUUCAGUUCCCUCCCAACCCAACAGCUACUAUAACGACGUUCUACACCGGCUCAAGCUUGUCAACAUCAACUAUAAAGAAUACUUUUAUGAAUACGGAUACUGUCGAAGUAUUUUAUCCUUCUAAUGGUGUUCGAACAACUACUGAAUUUUGGAUUCAGUCAUAUGCAUCAUCGUCAUUAGAAACUGCUGGAUAUGGAUCAACGAAUGUUUUACAUGUAUUAGAACCACAUAAUCCAACAACCACACUUACUCAAUUCUGGUCUGAAAGCUUUACUUCGACAAAUACAAUCACCAAUCCUCCUUUAAACACAGAUAGUGUUGAAAUUUUUUAUCCAUCGAAUGGUUUAACUGUUACAACAGAGUUUUGGAAUGAAAGCUACGCAUCUAGUUCAUUAGAAACAGGUGGAUAUGGAUCAACGAAUGUUUUACAUGUAUUGGAACCACAUAAUCCAACUACCACUCUUACUCAAUUCUGGUCUGAAAGUUUUAUUUCAUCAAAAACAAUCACAAAUCCUCCAUUAGAUACAGACAGUGUCGAAGUAUUCUAUCCUUCAAAUGGUAUUCGUACAACUACUGAAUUUUGGAUUCAGUCAUAUGCAUCAUCGUCAUUAGAAACUGCUGGAUAUGGAUCAACGAAUGUUUUACAUGUAUUGGAACCACAUAAUCCAACUACUAUGCUCACUCAAUUCUGGUCUGAAAGCUUUACUUCGACAAAUACAAUCACCAAUCCUCCUUUAAACACAGAUAGUGUUGAAAUUUUUUAUCCAUCGAAUGGUUUAACUGUUACAACAGAGUUUUGGAAUGAAAGCUACGCAUCUAGUUCAUUAGAAACAGGUGGAUAUGGAUCAACGAAUGUUUUACAUGUAUUGGAACCACAUAAUCCAACUACCACUCUUACUCAAUUCUGGUCUGAAAGUUUUAUUUCAUCAAAAACAAUCACAAAUCCUCCAUUAGAUACAGACAGUGUCGAAGUAUUCUAUCCUUCAAAUGGUAUUCGUACAACUACUGAAUUUUGGAUUCAGUCAUAUGCAUCAUCGUCAUUAGAAACUGCUGGAUAUGGAUCAAGGAAUGUUUUACAUGUAUUAGAACCACAUAAUCCAACGACCACACUUACUCAAUUCUGGUCUGAAAGCUUUAUUUCGACAAACACAAUCACCAAUCCUCCUUUGAACACAGAUAGUGUCGAAAUUUUUUAUCCUUCCAAUAGUUUGACUGUUACAACAGAGUUUUGGAAUGAAAGCUACGCAUCUAGUUCAUUAGAAACAGGUGGAUAUGGAUCAACGAAUGUUUUACAUGUAUUAGAACCACAUAAUCCAACAACCACACUUACUCAAUUCUGGUCUGAAAGCUUUAUUUCGACAAAUACAAUCACCAAUCCUCCUUUAAACACAGAUAGUGUCGAAAUUUUUUAUCCUUCCAAUAGUUUGACUGUUACAACAGAGUUUUGGAAUGAAAGCUACGCAUCUAGUUCAUUAGAAACAGGUGGAUAUGGAUCAACGAAUGUUUUACAUGUAUUAGAACCACAUAAUCCAACGACCACACUUACUCAAUUCUGGUCUGAAAGUUUUAUUUCAUCAAAAACAAUCACAAAUCCUCCUUUAAACACAGAUAGCGUCGAAGUAUUCUAUCCUUCAAAUAGUUUAACUGUUACAACCGAGUUUUGGAGUGAAAGCUAUGCAUCUAGUUCAUUAGAAACAGGUGGAUAUGGAUCAACGAAUGUUUUACAUGUAUUGGAACCACAUAAUCCAACUACUAUGCUCACUCAAUUCUGGUCUGAAAGCUUUACUUCGACAAAUACAAUCACCAAUCCUCCUUUAAACACAGAUAGUGUUGAAAUUUUUUAUCCAUCGAAUGGUUUAACUGUUACAACAGAGUUUUGGAAUGAAAGCUACGCAUCUAGUUCAUUAGAAACAGGUGGAUAUGGAUCAACGAAUGUUUUACAUGUAUUAGAACCACAUAAUCCAACAACCACACUUACUCAAUUCUGGUCUGAAAGCUUUACUUCGACAAAUACAAUCACCAAUCCUCCUUUAAACACAGAUAGUGUUGAAAUUUUUUAUCCAUCGAAUGGUUUAACUGUUACAACAGAGUUUUGGAAUGAAAGCUACGCAUCUAGUUCAUUAGAAACAGGUGGAUAUGGAUCAACGAAUGUUUUACAUGUAUUGGAACCACAUAAUCCAACUACCACUCUUACUCAAUUCUGGUCUGAAAGUUUUAUUUCAUCAAAAACAAUCACAAAUCCUCCAUUAGAUACAGACAGUGUCGAAGUAUUCUAUCCUUCAAAUGGUAUUCGUACAACUACUGAAUUUUGGAUUCAGUCAUAUGCAUCAUCGUCAUUAGAAACUGCUGGAUAUGGAUCAACGAAUGUUUUACAUGUAUUGGAACCACAUAAUCCAACUACUAUGCUCACUCAAUUCUGGUCUGAAAGCUUUACUUCGACAAAUACAAUCACCAAUCCUCCUUUAAACACAGAUAGUGUUGAAAUUUUUUAUCCAUCGAAUGGUUUAACUGUUACAACAGAGUUUUGGAAUGAAAGCUACGCAUCUAGUUCAUUAGAAACAGGUGGAUAUGGAUCAACGAAUGUUUUACAUGUAUUGGAACCACAUAAUCCAACUACCACUCUUACUCAAUUCUGGUCUGAAAGUUUUAUUUCAUCAAAAACAAUCACAAAUCCUCCAUUAGAUACAGACAGUGUCGAAGUAUUCUAUCCUUCAAAUGGUAUUCGUACAACUACUGAAUUUUGGAUUCAGUCAUAUGCAUCAUCGUCAUUAGAAACUGCUGGAUAUGGAUCAACGAAUGUUUUACAUGUAUUAGAACCACAUAAUCCAACGACCACACUUACUCAAUUCUGGUCUGAAAGCUUUAUUUCGACAAACACAAUCACCAAUCCUCCUUUGAACACAGAUAGUGUCGAAAUUUUUUAUCCUUUCAUUCCUUCAUCAUCAAUUGAAUUCACAUCGUACACAACCACUUUUAUGGAAUUAUCAGACGGGGAAUAUGUUUCAGAGACUGGAGUCGUGAUUAUUACGACUAAUUCAUUGGGAGACAUUUAUACUACGAUAAGUUUGAUUAUUUCAUCAUCAGAAAGCUCAUCUGUUCAAUCUGCAUCAACUUAUAGCUCACCCGAGCCAUCAUCAUCAUUAUAUCAAAGCUCACCUUUAACAUCACCGUCGUCUGAAAAUACAUUCUUGCCAUCAUCUUCUAUUGAAUUAACAUCGUACACAACCACUUUUGUGGAAUUAUCAGACGGGGAGUAUGUUUCAGAGACUGGAGUCGUGAUUAUUACGACUAAUUCAUUGGGAGACAUUUAUACUACGACAAGUUUGAUUAUUUCAUCAUCAGAAAGCUCAUCUGUUCGUUAUUCAUCAUCAGAUAGCUCAUCUGUUCAAUCUUCAUCAACUUAUAGCUCACCCGAGCCAUCAUCAUCGUUAUAUCAAAGUUCACUUUCAACAUCACCAUCGUCUCAAAAUACAUUCUUACCAUCAUCUUCUAUUGAAUUAACAUCGUACACAACCACUUUUGUGGAAUUAUCAGACGGGGAGUAUGUUUCAGAGACUGGAGUCGUGAUUAUUACGACUAAUUCAUUGGGAGACAUUUAUACUACGACAAGUUUGAUUAUUCCAUCAUCAGAAAGCUCAUCUGUUCAAUCUGCAUCAACUUAUAGCUCACCCGAGCCAUCAUCAUCAUUAUAUCAAAGCUCACCUUUAACAUCACCGUCGUCUGAGAAUACAUUCUUGCCAUCAUCUUCAAUUGAAUUAACAUCGUACACAACCACUUUUAUGGAAUUAUCAGACGGGGAAUAUGUUUCAGAGACUGGAGUCGUGAUUAUUACGACUAAUUCAUUGGGAGACAUUUAUACUACGACAAGUUUGAUUAUUUCAUCAUCAGAAAGCUCAUCUGUUCAAUCUGCAUCAACUUAUAGCUCACCCGAGCCAUCAUCAUCAUUAUAUCAAAGCUCACCUUUAACAUCACCGUCGUCUGAAAAUACAUUCUUGCCAUCAUCUUCUAUUGAAUUAACAUCGUACACAACCACUUUUGUGGAAUUAUCAGACGGGGAGUAUGUUUCGGAGACUGGAAUCGUGAUUAUUACGACUAAUUCAUUGGGAGACAUUUAUACUACGACAAGUUUGAUUAUUUCAUCAUCAGAUAGCUCAUCUGUUCAAUCUUCAUCAACUUAUAGCUCACCCGAGCCAUCAUCAUCAUUAUAUCAAAGCUCACCUUUAACAUCACCGUCGUCUGAAAAUACAUUCUUGCCAUCAUCUUCAAUUGAAUUAACAUCGUACACAACCACUUUUGUGGAAUUAUCAGACGGGGAGUAUGUUUCAGAGACUGGAGUCGUGAUUAUUACGACUAAUUCAUUGGGAGACAUUUAUACUACGACAAGUUUGAUUAUUUCAUCAUCAGAAAGCUCAUCUGUUCGAUAUUCAUCAUCAGAUAGCUCAUCUGUUCAAUCUUCAUCAACUUAUAGCUCACCCGAGCCAUCAUCAUCAUUAUAUCAAAGCUCACCUUUAACAUCACCGUCGUCUGAAAAUACAUUCAUACCAUCAUCUUCUAUUGAAUUAACAUCGUACACAACCACUUUUAUGGAAUCAUCAGACGGGGAGUAUGUUUCAGAGACUGGAGUCGUGAUUAUUACGACUAAUUCAUUGGGAGACAUUUAUACUACGACAAGUUUGAUUAUUCCAUCAUCAGAAAGCUCAUCUGUUCAAUCUGCAUCAACUUAUAGCUCACCCGAGCCAUCAUCAUCAUUAUAUCAAAGCUCACUUUUAACAUCACCGUCGUCUGAAAAUACAUUCUUGCCAUCAUCUUCAAUUGAAUUAACAUCGUACACAACCACUUUUAUGGAAUUAUCAGACGGGGAAUAUGUUUCAGAGACUGGAGUCGUGAUUAUUACGACUAAUUCAUUGGGAGACAUUUAUACUACGACAAGUUUGAUUAUUUCAUCAUCAGAAAGCUCAUCUGUUCAAUCUGCAUCAACUUAUAGCUCACCCGAGCCAUCAUCAUCAUUAUAUCAAAGCUCACCUUUAACAUCACCGUCGUCUGAAAAUACAUUCUUGCCAUCAUCUUCAAUUGAAUUAACAUCGUACACAACCACUUUUGUGGAAUUAUCAGACGGGGAGUAUGUUUCAGAGACUGGAGUCGUGAUUAUUACGACUAAUUCAUUGGGAGACAUUUAUACUACGACAAGUUUGAUUAUUUCAUCAUCAGAAAGCUCAUCUGUUCGAUAUUCAUCAUCAGAUAGCUCAUCUGUUCAAUCUUCAUCAACUUAUAGCUCACCCGAGCCAUCAUCAUCAUUAUAUCAAAGCUCACCUUUAACAUCACCGUCGUCUGAAAAUACAUUCUUGCCAUCAUCUUCAAUUGAAUUAACAUCGUACACAACCACUUUUGUGGAAUUAUCAGACGGGGAGUAUGUUUCAGAGACUGGAGUCGUGAUUAUUACAACUAAUUCAUUGGGAGACAUUUAUACUACGACAAGUUUGAUUAUUUCAUCGUCAGGAAGCUCAUCUGUUCAAUCUUCAUCAACUUAUAGCUCCUCCCUGCCAUCAUCAUCUCAAAGUUCAAUUUUACCAUCGUCAUCAUUUGAAAGUUCAUUAGACCCAUCCUCUUUAACUAACAGCUACAGUAUACCGUCUGAACCUAUAUCAAAUCAAAGCCCAAACCUACUGUCUUCAUUAACUGAAUCUUCAAAUCAGAAAACUACAUCACUUGAAACCUCAACAUUUGUUGAGAGUUCAAAUAUUUCAAUUUCGUCAUCCGAAAAUUCAGAACUGUUGUCCUUAAUGUCAUCUAGCUCAAUUGAAUCAUCGGAACCUUCGAAAACCAGUAUACAAUCUACCGAUUUUUCAAUGGCUGUAGAUGCAGAAGCUUUUACUUCGGUAUGGACGAUACAUAAUACAGAUGGAUCAAUCGAAGUAGAAAGUGGAUUAGUUUCUAAGUUUAGCACAGGUUAUAUAACAUUAACUACUUUUCCCCAUCAAACGAGUUUCCCAACAAUUUCAGUUUCCCAAGUAGUUUCUUCGAGUGCUGAUUUAGCAAAUACUUUAUGUAAAAGAAAUGAAUUGGGUGAUUGUAUAAGUGCUCCGAUAUAUUCAAAUUCAACAAUACAAUCAUCAGAUUUGAAUACACCACUACCAUCGUCAAAUUAUGAUUCAUUAUCUAGUGAUUAUAACUCAAAAUUAAAUUCUGACCCGAUGGCUUCUUCUACUACUUUUGAAGCUUCAUUUUCAUCAAGUUUUCCAUUCCCGAUUACAAGCACCAUAUCAAGUACAGGUUCAAGCUCGAGUGAAUUAACAUCUUCAAAUUCUAUAAACGAACUCUCCAGUUUGUCAUCAAGUGCUUCUUUCUCAAAUUUUAUUAAAUCAUCUAUAUCUGAAGAAUCAAAAACAUCAAGCAAUUUAAGCAAUCAAAUUAUGUCUAGCAGCUUAGCAAAUUCUAUUUCAACUGAUUCACGAUUAUCAAGCAGCAUUACCAGUCAAAUCACACCAUCGAGUUCCACAAAUUUAGUUUCAAACUUAGACAAUACAAGUCAGAAUUCAGUAAAAUCUGAAUCAAGCACUUAUGCAAUCUCAAACUCACCUGCAGAAACUUCUUCAACAUCCAUUACACAACCGGUACCAACCAAAAGCAUAGAGAAUACAUCGAGUAAUUCAAUAUCUGUCACUGAUAAUACAACUUUAGAAGUCACAUCAGAAUUAAAUCCAUCUGAUUCUUAUCCCGACUCUGGAAUUACAACUUCCACACCAUCUACGACACCAGACCAAAAUCAAUUGGUAAAUUCAAGCACAUUUUCAAGCGACACGUUGUCAAAUUUAAAAUCAAAAGAUAGCCCAAAUUCAGAAUCAACAAUAGAUUCUGCAAUUUCAAACUCUAAUAUUUCAACAAAAUUACCAGGAUCCACCACCAUAUCAUCUAAUUCAGACAAUGCAAAUACAAAAAGCUCAUCUGAAUUUCCUGAAAUCACCGCAGCGUUAUCCAGCUCUUCAAUUAGUGGUUCAAGAGAGGGAAAUAGCUUACCGACUAACACAAACGGUAAUUUAUCAAAACCAAAUUUGACGACUGCGCUUGAAAGUGCUCUUUCGAUCAAUUCAAUUAGUAAUGGUCAAAAACCUGUUACUUCAAAAUCACAAGACCAACUAAUGUCAGAUGAUGUGAGUAAAGAAACUUCAAGAGCUAAAAGUUUUGAAAGCAAUAGAGAAACAGAGGCUGCAAGUACUACGUCAUCAAAUGAUAAAGGGCGCGAUACUCAAAAUUCGAUAUUACAAUCAAGUUCAAUUACUGAAGAUCAUCAAAGAUAUCAAUCAGAUACAAGACAACCAAUUACAGAUCAACAAUACACAACAAAAUCCAUAACAGCUCAAUCACUAAAUACAAUGGAUCAAAUUUCAUCAACAUCUAAGCAAAGUUCAACUAAUCCAGAAUAUUUAUAUUCAUUGGAUGAUUCAUCAUCCAAUAGUCCUGGACUUUUUAGUACUUCUAAAUAUUUGGCUCAACCAGAAGAAUCAAAUGUAUCAAUUCAAUUCUCAUCAACAUUAAAGACAUCUUCAAUUGUCAAUUCACAAACUAAUUCUACACCUACAAUUUCCCUUGUUAAUUCUUCAUCCAAAAAUAAAGUUUCGUUACGUUUAAUUUCGGUUAUAUUUUUAAUACUGAUAUUUGUGAUUAAUUUAUAG